CGCAGCAAGCAGGUACCUGCUUCUGCACCUGUCUCUUUCACCUGCCCUGCAGCUGCUCCUACCCACCUCUCCCGGCUGAGUCUGGCCAGCGCGACACCCUGGAGACACCCUCUCCUCCUCCAGUCUCACCUGCCUGGUCAGCUCCUACACUCAACUCCUCUAGGGAAAGUCGCGUCUCCAGCCCAUAGCAGUCCGGAUUACAGAAAGCUCCGCCUUGGGUUUAGGAACCGCCAUGACUGAGGUUGGUUGGUGGAAGCUGACCUUCCUCCGGAAAAAAAAAUCCACUCCCAAAGUGCUCUACGAAAUCCCCGACACCUAUGCUCAAACAGAGGGAGGUGCAGAGCCCACAGGACCUGAUGCAGGAGAUCCUCACAGCGACUUUAACAGCCGCCUGGAGAAGAUUGUGGACAAGAACACCAAAGGCAAGCAUGUCAAAGUCUCCAACUCAGGCCGCUUCAAAGAGAAAAAAAGAGUCCGGGCCAUGUUGGCAGAGAACCCCACCCUCUUUGAUGACAGGGAGAACAAAGGACAAUGAAGGCAGCGGAAGAAGACAAUAGUGCCGCCCUGCUCCCUGCCACUGGUGGGGUCUGAGGCAGGAGCUUGCCACGCUGGCCUCUUUGGUCACAGCCACGGUGGUGGUUGAUCCCUGCUGGCAGGAACACCCGGUUCUUAGGUUUGUAUUUGUGUGCCCCAGUUUUAUGAAGAGCCUCCUCCUCAUGAUCACAUACAAAGGCACUCUGGGCCAGCAUGAAAAUCGUGACCUAGAAGUACUGCUUUCCUUGACACAGUGGCUUGGCUCACAGGGAGGUGGCAUGGCACAGAAUAGGCAGAGAACAUGGUGGACUCCACCCAUUCUUUCCCUGGGCCAGGGGGUCAUGGGUGAAUUUGAAUCACUACUCCCUCUACUUUCACAUCCGGUGACUGUUCCCUGGACCAAUCCAAGGAGAGCAGAGUUUCCGGAAGUCACGUGACCUUGGUUUCCUUGGCGCCAGAGGCAGAGUUGUUAAACUUGAGAUCACCUCUUAACUCAAGGAGCAAACUUCCUGGAACUUUGCUCCCAAGAGUGGAGGGGCGAAGGACACGGGCACUCCCUGGGGCGCUACUGAAGGCCAGACCAGAAAUCCUCCUGAGUUCUUACCUUGACUACCACUUGUGUGGGUGCUGAAUUACAUACCCCCAAACUGAGGCCUCACUGGCCAGCCCAAGGGUCCAAACGGGAGGAGUGGAUGGGUUUCCCCACUCCUUCCCUGAUAGUAUUUAAGAUAGAUGAUCUCCAGGACUGAAUCCUGGAGCCUUGAAUUUUGUUGGAAAAGUAGAUUUAUUAGGAAUAAACAAGGCUGUAGAACCCA